ACUUGAUUCUCUGCUAUCAUGAAGUUCACCAACGAUGGCGUCCCAGGGGUGUCUGGAUACUUUCCCUACAAUGAUCCAGAAAUUGGUACUCCUCUCAAAAAGACCGAGUCUAUGCCCCUUCUUUUUACACCAAUCACUAUCAGAAAUGUGACCUUCAAGAAUCGCAUAUUCGCCGCGCCGAUGUGUCAGUAUAGUUCGGAUAACGGGCAUGCAACUGAUUGGCAUCUUGUUCAUAUCGGUUCUAUGGCAUCCCGAGGUGUCGGAGCAAUCUGCAUGGAGGCUACGAGUGUCGUUCCAGAGGGCCGUAUAUCUCCUGAAGAUGCUGGUCUCUGGACAGACUCCCAAAUGGAGCCGUUGAAGCGUAUCGUGAAUUUUGCCCAUGCACAAGGCACUAGGAUUGGGGUGCAACUUGCACACGCAGGAAGGAAGGCUUCCACAUAUGCACCUUGGGUUCGAGAGAGGGCCGGAGUUCGCAAUACUACUGUUUCGAUAGAAGAAAACGGUUGGCCUAAUGAAGUCGUUGGUCCUAGUCCAAUACCUUGGUCAGAGGACCUCGUAGAGCCCAAAGAACUCAACAAAGAUCAGCUCACUGAAAUUGAGGAGGCAUUCAUCGCAUCAAUCAAGCGCUGCCAGGAAAUUGGAUUUGAUUUCAUUGAGAUUCACGGUGCCCAUGGAUAUUUAUUGAGCUCUUUUGUUUCACCUCUUUCUAAUAUUCGUUCCGAUGAAUUUGGAGGCCAACUGCUUGAAAAUCGCCUUCGCUGGCCAUUACAGUUAAUAAAGCGUUGCCGGGAUGCUUGGUCCAAGCCGUUGUUCGUGCGCAUCAGUGCUACCGAUUGGGCGGAAGGUCCAGAGCAGGAAAAUGGAGUUUGGAAACAAUUCGGAAUCGAACAGAGCAAGGUAUAUGCUUCCGAGAUGUACAAGCUCGGCAUAGAUCUGGUGCAUGUCAGUUCUGGGGGAAACUGGUCGAAUCAGAAGAUUAUUGUGGUACCAGGGGUUCAUGUACCCUAUGCGGAGUCAAUCAAGCAAGCUAACCCACAGCAGCUCGUAGGCGUUGUUGGUGUGAUUACAGAUCCUAAACUCGCAGAAGCCUACCUUCAGGAAGGCAAGGCAGAUAUAAUUUUUCUAGCCCGAGCAUUAAUGCGGAAUCCUCAUUGGCCUUUGGAAGCUGCUGAACAGCUGGGCAUACGCGUGAAGGCCGCAAACCAAUACGAAAGAGCGUUCGACCGUUUGUAAUGGAAGAUGGGUACUAAUAAAAUUUCGGGAAGUUAGUUUAGAAGCUGUAAGGUUGUGGUUCUUAUGUUGAAAUCAAAACCAUAGAAGAAUUGAACCACUUAAACCACCACUGCUGCCAGAGUGCUACUACUGUAACUGGUUCAGCAAGUGAUAUGUAGUCCGCUCCGACAGAGUUUGCUCAUAGUGACUCAGAGCAUGUGAUCGCUUCAAUUCUUUCCGCCCACCGACCGCUGCUGCGAAUAUUUCAUUCAUUU